AUGCCUAUCCCCGGAAGCUUGCUCAACGUCACCAAACCCCCCGAAUUCGAAACAAUCUCCAUCCACGGCGGCCAAGAGCCUGAUCCAACGAACGGCUCCCGCGCACUGCCUCUCUACCAGACCUGCGCAUACAACUUCACCGAUGCCGCCGACGGAGCGAGCAAGUUCGCCUGGGCCAAGGACGGCUACGUCUACACGCGCAUGGGCAACCCGACCAACGCGGUGUUCGAGACGAGAAUGAGCAUGUUGGAAGGGGGCGUGGGCGCUGUGGCGACGGCGUCGGGGCAUGCUGCUCAGUUCAUGGCCAUAACCUCCGUCAUGGGCCCCGGAAAGAACUUCGUCUCGACCUCGUGGCUGUACGGCGGCACGUACAACCAGUUCCGGGUGUAUCUCAAGAAAUUCAACAUCGCCGUCAAAUGGGUCGAGGGCCAGGAUCCGGCCGCCAUCGCCGCGGCCAUUGACGACAACACGCGCGCCGUCUACGUCGAGACGAUCGGGAACCCGAAGCACAACGUGCCCGACAUCAGGGCCAUUGCGGACGUGGCCCACGCGGCCGGCAUCCCGCUCAUCGUCGACAACACGUUCGGCAUGGGCGGCUAUCUGUGUCGGCCGCUGGCGCUGGGCGCGAACAUCGUCACGCACUCGUGCACCAAGUGGAUUGGAGGCCAUGGGACGAGCAUGGGGGGCAUCGUCAUCGAUGGAGGCAACUUUGACUGGUCGGUUAAGAAGAACGGCCAGAGUAUGUUCCCCGAGUUCGUCGAGCCGGCGGAGGGAUACCACGGCAUGGUCUUCUGGGAGACGUACGGCCACAAAGCCCUUGCGGCGAAGCUGCGGAUGGACGCCAUGCGAGACCUGGGGCCGUGCAUGUCGCCGUUCAACGCGUGGCUGUUCCUCCAGGGAUUGGAGACGCUGCCCCUGCGUGGCGAGCGCACGGCGAGCAACGCGCUGGCGCUGGCGCGGUGGCUGGAAGCCCAUCCGGCCGUGAAAUGGGUGCUGUACCCAGGGCUGGAGUCGCAUCCGGACCACGCGUUGGCGAAGAAGACGCUGCAGAACGGCUUCGGCGGCGUCCUGACCUUCGGCGUCGACGGUUCGAUAGACCAGGUUUCGGCCGUCGUCGACAACCUGCAGCUGUGCAGCCACCUGGCCAAUGUCGGCGACGCGAAGACGCUGAUCAUCCAUCCGUGGCGGACGACGCACCAGCAGCUGCCUGACGAGGAGAAGCUGCAGGCCGGCGUGACGCCGGAUCUGAUCCGAGUCAGUCUGGGGCUGGAGCAUAUCAGCGACAUCAUCCAUGAUUUUGAGCAGGCGUUUCAGAAGGCGUUCAAGAAAUAA